UUCCUAUAUACACAAUAAACCAUCCUCGCCGCCACAAAAAAGGGGUGAAACUCUAGAACACAGAAAAUCCACAAUGAAGUUCAACCCUAGGGUUUCCAGUAGCCGUCGCAAGAGCCGCAAGGCUCAUUUCACAGCCCCAUCAAGCGUGCGACGCGUGUUGAUGAGCGCACCCCUCUCCGGUGACCUCCGAUCGAAGUACAACGUCCGAUCAUUGCCCGUCCGUAAAGACGACGAGGUGCAGGUUGUUAGAGGAACCUUCAAGGGACGCGAGGGGAAGGUGGUUCAAGUUUAUCGCCGGAAAUGGGUGAUUCACAUCGAACGUAUUACUCGUGAGAAGGUUAACGGUUCAACUGUUAAUGUUGGUGUUAACCCUUCGAAAGUUGUUAUCACUAAGCUGAGAUUGGAUAAGGAUAGGAAGUCUUUGCUUGAUCGGAAGGCUAAGGGUCGUGCUGCUGCGGAUAAGGAAAAGGGUACUAAGUUUGCUCCUGAAGACAUUAUGCAAACAAUUGAUUAGUUUCUCUGUUUGUGUUUUUCUUUAUGAUCAUAUUGUUACUUGUAGAACUUGGUUUUGUUUAUGUUCUGUGGUUUAAAUCUGAGAGAUUUCAGAAUUUUGAGAAAUUUAUGUUUUGUUUUAUUUAAUGAAAUGUUUAACAUUAUUGCUACAA